CUCAUCCCUAAUUAAACAGCAGCAGAGCUGCACUCUCCAGACCUAGAACCCAGUCCCACUCUAGCCCUCUCCUCUCCUCACCGCUCCUCACGCAACACGACACACGUACUGUACUUGCACAAAGUUUAAAAGGCCAAAGUCGCCUCGCCCUCCCCCCCCCCAAGUCGCAAGCCAUUAGUCACUAGAUUGGGCGGCUAUUAAAUUACCCAAGAGCGGAUACAAGUAUUGGCCACCGGCCACCCAGUUGAACGCCCGUCGUCAUCACUUGCGUCUCCCUCGCCACUGGCCCCAGCCAGCCCCGCCAGCCCAGGGCGCGCCCCAUCCACUUUCGACGACUCUCUCCCCUUGAUAUAAUACACACUCCUCCCACCCCGCAUCUCCAUCUCGGGCCCCACCCACUAGACACGCCUUUCAUGACAAACUAGGACAGCCCAGGCGUCGUCGCCACACUGUCAACACACAUUGCCCCCUUCCAACCAUCCCCCAUGGCCCUCCCUCAGACCCACAACAUGGACACCGCUGCUGCUCUUCCCACUCCUAUUCCCAGCCCCGCGAGGUCAAGGGGCGGUGGCGGGGCUUACAACUUUCGCAAGCAACCAAUACGUCCCCUCUCGGACACAGAGGUCGUCAGCAGUGAUGACCAGAAGCCCAGGCCGGUGUCGUUGUUGAGCUCCAUGCUCUCGGACCACGCAUCUCCCCCAAGGCUCGAGUUCAUCGGUGGUGGUCGAAGCGGUUCGUCGACCCCCUCCACGGCCAUCUCAAGUCCAAAGGCGAAUGACCACCAUGACCCAGUUUCAAUCCUUAGACGCUCCAGCAUCGGAUCUGACAGCGAACCCUUCCGUCUUCCCCUUGCUCGUGUCAUCACUCCUGCGCCAAAAGACCAAGUGGUGCCGCCUGCUGCCCACCGACCCGGAGCUCUGAAGUUUGCGGUUGCCGCUCAUCGCCCAGAGCCGGAGCGGCACAUUGCCCCUCUUCCAAUAGAUGACUCGGAAGGCGACGAUGACCUCACCGACGCCGGUUACGAGGAAGACUCGGAAGAUGGCAACUCAUUUGUCUUGGGCCCUCCUGUGACCGACGGUUCGGAUGAGACGGCAUGGCUGGAUGUAACUGCGUCCGAGGUCACCAAAGAGAGAGCCAAGAUUGUUUCUGGUGACACCAACCUCGAGCAGGCCACAGAGAUCCUCAUUCAAAGCGACUUGCAAUCCCUCCUGGUCGAGACAGGGGCAGGCUAUGGGCUGUUCGAUUUCGCAGACCUGAACACUGUCCUUCUUCUCGUCCUCACUGCUUCAUCCCAGGGCUCUUUCGACCACCUGGACGACCGCUCGUGUGAGAUUGUGUCGUGCUUGAAGCGCGGCAUCCGCCUUGGGGUUGGCACCGUUUGUGACAUUUCGGGCAAGAAUCCUUGCACGUCUUUCCCGCCAGACACACCUCUACGCCAGCUGCUCCCUCUGUUUGCUUCUGGAGUGCACAGAGUGGUCAUCACGUCGGACCCUCCAACGAUUUUGGGCAGUUCAGGUCUUCUCGAGUACCUCACCAGGCAGCCACCCCCCCUUCUUCGCCUCUCUUUGUCCGAGGUCGACCUUCCCCUUCAUCCCUUGGUCUCGCUCCCAGCUACGGCAUCGGUUCUUGACGCCAUGCAGGUCAUGAGUCUCAACGGCAUGGGAGCCCUCGGAGUAAUCGGCAACGACUCUGACAGAGAUCCCGAACUAAGCUCCCUUGUCGGUAUCGUUACUGUUUCCGACUGCUCCAAACUCGUUGUACCAAGCGAAGGGAAGCAUGCGCUCGGAAUGGCACUGGGCGACAUGUGCAAGAAUGUUUUGGUCGAUCAUCACGGCAGAGAGCGUGGCGAGGAGCGCGUGCCAGUUCAUACAAUCACCCCGAGCACCUCCCUCCUCCACGCUUCGAGGCUCAUUCUCGCCACAUCAUCGUCGAGAGUCUUCAUGCGAACCAACCCAGGCGAAUCUCCUCCCCUCUCCCCCGUGUCCUCCCCCGGUCAGGCCUCUCCCCCUCCGUCGCCGUCGGCGUCAUCCAUGUCCAUCGGGCUUCCCGCCCCUCCGCCCACUCAGCUGUCGGCGCAAUACGUCAUCUCCACUCUCGACAUCUUAUCCUGCCUUGCCCGCUCUUGCCAUGGCAGACUUACGCCUAUUGAGCCUGAUAACGUCGCUGAAUCGUGGGACAUGCUGCCCGACAGUAUCAGCAAGAGGCGCCGUCGCGCCAGCUCUUCUGCUUUCACCGGCUUUGAAACCUGGCGCUGGGCUGAACCACCCACCCCUCUCUAAGGCUCGAACGUGCAUAACCCGUAACACAAUUGUAUCCAAGUAGCAUCGUCUGAGAAUCAAACCCCACAUAACAAACGCAAGGCCACGUAAAGUUGUACCACCUGUGCAUGCAAGCAAGAUCAAUGAUUACAAAAGA